GAUAUUGAAGAUGAAGAUAUACUAUAUUGGGAUAUUAAAGCCAGUUGGAGACAAAGAGGCUGUUGAGUUAUCUAAAACCACAGAUCUAUCACAAUUUUCAUUUUUUGAACGAAAUGGGGUGUCACAGUUUAUGAGUUUCAUGGCAGAGACAGCGUCAGCAAGAACUGAGCCUGGGCAAAGACAAAGUAUUGAAGAAGGUAAUUAUGUGGGACAUGUUUACUUGAGAAGCGAGGGACUAGCAGGGGUGUUGGUCACAGAUAAGGAGUACCCAGUCCGAGCAGCAUACACAUUGUUGAACAAGAUAUUGGAUGAGUAUAUCAUGACAUUUCCACCAAUGAAAUGGAAACACAUUUCUGGCAAGCAAGAUCCCAGCAUAGGUCAAUUGAACUUCAGCGAUUUGGAGUCGUACAUCAAGAGAUAUCAAGAUCCCGGACAGGCAGAUGCUAUCAUGAGGGUACAACAGGAGUUGGACGAAACCAAGAUCAUUUUGCACAAGACAAUUGAAAGUGUUUUACAAAGGGGCGAGCGACUAGACUCGUUGGUUGACAAGUCAGAGGCCCUCAGCACCAGCUCCAGAACAUUUUACAAGACCGCCAAAAAGACCAACUCGUGCUGUGUUGUGAUGUAGAGGAGCCGAUGGAUGCUGUUGCAC